AUGGAAAUUGAGAGGUGUUAUAAGAACAAUAGUUCUACAACAGCGAUAGAUGUAGUGAACCGCCUUAAAACGCGUGGAAUAAUGGUCAGCACCACGCAUAUCAAGAGACUCCGACAAAAACUGGGGUUCAAGAAAACGACAACCAAGUAUUGUCAUACAAUAAGGGAUGCUAAUAAGCUGGCUCGUCUGGAUUUCUGCAGAGAAAUGCUCGAAGGUGGAGUAGGAUUCUCCGACUGUGUUUUUACUGACGAAUGCACAGUUCAAAGCUAUUGUCGUCUUGUACAAGAUAAUGCUCCGCCUCACAAAAGUCGUUAUACGAGUGAAAUGCUCAAGAACUGGGGGGUCGACACACUGGCAUGGCCUGCGGAGUCACCAGACCUCAAUCCUAUUGAACUAGUAUGGGGGAACAUGAAAAACAGCAUAAGGAAGCAGGGGAUCCGUACUUUGGAUGGCCUUAAGGUGGCUAUUGCGCAGUACUGGAAAACGCUGACGCCAGAAGUCUGCUCGAAAUACAUUGGCGGUAUAAGGAAAAGGAUGGAGCGUAUUAUAGAGCAAGGAGGACGAAACAUAGUUGAAGAACUGUUGUUUGCAAUGACGCCCACUCCUACAUCGAACAAAGCGCAAGGCUCAAAUCCUUCGAGAAAAAUUGACAUGCAUUUCUAA